GCUGAGCGCACCCCCCGCCCCCGGCUGUGGGAAGGGGCCGGGCCAGCUGCCUGACGUCUGUGCUGGGCUCGGAAGAUGGCUGCGGAGCCGAGCAACGGGCAGUGGCUGCGGCGGCGGCGGCGGGCGGGGAGCUCAGCGGGCGAGGUCUCCGCCUUGCGCGUGGGGCGCUGAGCGGAGAGGCGCGGAGGCGGCGAGGGUGCGUGGGGGGCUUAGGGGGCCGCUCGGCGCAGCCUCUCCGCCACCCGCAGCACCAUGGGCAGCGCGGAUCACGCAGUCAAAGAGAAACUGCUGUGGAACGUGAAAAAGGAGGUAAAGCAAAUCAUGGAGGAGGCUGUCACCAGGAAGUUUGUGCAUGAAGACAGCAGCCACAUCAUUGCUCUGUGUGGUGCGGUGGAGGCUUGCCUCCUGCAUCAGCUGAGACGCCGUGCCGCCGGCUUCCUACGCAGUGACAAGGUGGCUGCUCUGUUCACCAAGGUGGGGAAGACGUGCCCAGUGGCUGGGGAGAUUUGCCACAAGGUACAAGAGCUGCAGCAACAAGUAGAGGGCAGGAAACCCUUGGCUAGUAACCAGGAAGCCCUGCGGAGACAGGGCUCUGCUGGUGGGAAGGCCCCAGCCCUCAGCCCACAAGCCUUGAAACACAUAUGGGUACGCACAGCGCUCAUCGAGAAGGUGCUGGACAGGGUCGUGCAGUACCUGGUGGAGAACUGCAGCAAGUACUAUGAGAAGGACGCGUUACUGGCAGACCCUGUGUUUGGUCCCAUCUUGGCCUGUCUUCUAGUGGGACCCUGUGCCUUGGAGUACACCAAGCUCAAGACAGCUGAUCACUACUGGACUGACCCUUCUGCUGAUGAGCUUGUCCAGAGACACCGUAUCAGGGGUCCCUUUAAUCGCCAGGACUCCCCUGCGAAGCGCCCAGCCCUAGGAAUCCGGAAGCGGCACUCGAGCGGCAGCACCUCGGAGGACAGGCUAGCUGCCUGCGCCCGCGAGUACGUGGAGUCCCUGCACCAGAACUCGAGGACGCGGCUGCUCUACGGCAAGAACAAUGUGCUGGUGCAGCCGAAGGAGGACAUGGAGGCUGUCCCUGGCUACCUCUCCCUGCACCAGUCUGCAGAGAGCCUAACUCUGAAGUGGACUCCCAACCAGCUCAUGAACGGGACUCUGGGGGACUCUGAGCUGGAAAAGAGCGUUUACUGGGACUAUGCCCUGGUUGUGCCCUUCAGUCAGAUUGUCUGCAUCCACUGCCACCAGCAGAAAAACGGUGGCACACUCGUGCUGGUGAGCCAGGACGGCAUCCAGAGGCCGCCGCUGCACUUCCCACAGGGGGGACACCUGCUGUCCUUUUUGUCCUGCCUGGAGAACGGACUUCUGCCUCGAGGACAGCUAGAGCCCCCGCUCUGGACCCAGCAGGGGAAGGGGAAGGUGUUCCCCAAGCUACGGAAACGCGGCAGCAUGCGGCCCGUGGAUGUGGAGGAGAUGGGCACAGGGUGGGCCACGGACUACGUGUUCCGGAUUGUUUACCCUGGUCACAGACACGAGCACAAAAAGCAAGUGUUUUCCAUUGCUGAUAGCAAGAUGGAGAGAACAAACACAAUCAUCCACAACUCAGUCAAAGUAUCCCCUCACGUGCAGAAAAAUCAGGCGGAGGCUGGGAAGUGUUGGGCACCUCCCUCUCACCACUGCCAUCUCUGGGCUCUGGACCGGGCAGGUGCCACCCCCGCAGCUCUCCACCAAUGGGUGGCUUCAUGCUGCAGCUCUGGCCACAGAGAUGCUGGUGACAUGAUCGAGAUGCAGGGCUUCGGGCCCAGCUUGCCGGCCUGGCACCGAGAGCCCCUGUGCAGCCAGGGCUCUCCCUGCCUCUCCUGCUCCACCGGCAGCUGCCCAUAUGCAACUCCCAAGCACUGCACCUGUGUCCCUGACCGGUUGCCCCUCAGGCUGCUGUGUGAGAGCAUGAAGAGGCAGAUCGUGUCUCGGGCCUUCUACGGCUGGCUGGCACACUGCCGCCACCUGUCCACGGUGCGGACCCACCUGUCGGCACUGGUGCACCACAACAUCAUCCCGCCCGCCCGGCCCCCCGGGGCCUCGGGGGGCCUCACCAAGGAUGUGUGGAGCAAGUACCAGAAGGAUGAAAAGAACUACAAGGAACUGGAGCUGCUGCGGCAAGUUUACUAUGGAGGCGUGGAACACGAGAUCCGCAAGGACGUCUGGCCCUUUCUGCUUGGCCACUACAAGUUUGGCAUGAGCAAGAAGGAGAUGGAGCAGGUGGACACAGUGGUGGCAGCAAGGUACCAGCGGGUAUUGGCGGAGUGGAAGGCCUGCGAGGCGGUGGUGCGGCAGCGGGAGCAGGAGGCUCACCCAGCCACGCUCACCAAGUUCUCCUCGGGCAGCAGCAUCGACAGCCACGUGCAGCGCCUCAUCCACCGAGAUUCCACCAUUAGCAAUGACGUGUUUAUCUCUGUGGAUGAUCUGGAGCCCCCAAAGCCCCCAGGCACUGAAGAUCCCAGAGUGGAGCCCGAGGGGCACGCAGGCGCAGGGCCCCCGGGCACUGCCGCAGUGGAGCAGCAGCAGUCAGUGGAGUUCGAUUCUCCAGACUCGGGACUGCCUUCCUCUCGAAACUACUCCGUGGCCUCAGGCAUCCAGUCGAGCAUAGACGAGGGGCCCAGUGUGGGCUUCGAGGAGGAGGACUGCGGUGGGGAGGAAGGCUCUGAUGGGCCAGUACCUUCAGUCCACGCUUUCUCUGAGUCCCAAGAUUCCAGCCAAGAGAAGGCCUCGGAGGCAGGGGAGGAGCUGGCGGCCGUGUGCACCUCUGCCUACACUAUAGAACUACUAGACACUGUGGCCUUAAACCUGCACCGAAUUGACAAGGACGUGCAGCGAUGCGACCGCAACUACUGGUACUUCACCACCCCCAACCUGGAGCGGCUCCGAGACGUCAUGUGCAGCUACGUGUGGGAGCACCUGGACAUGGGCUAUGUGCAGGGCAUGUGUGAUCUGCUGGCACCGCUCCUGGUCAUCCUCGAUAAUGAUCAGCUGGCCUACAGCUGUUUCAGCCACCUUAUGAAGAGGAUGAGCCAGAACUUCCCCAGUGGGGGCGCCAUGGACACCCACUUUGCGAACAUGCGCUCCCUCAUCCAGAUCCUGGACUCAGAGCUGUUUGAACUGAUGCACCAGAACGGAGACUACACCCACUUCUACUUCUGUUACCGCUGGUUCCUGCUAGAUUUUAAGAGAGGCCCGUGGGCAGCCAGGCUCAGCCUGAGCCCCUGGCUGUGCCCAGAGCUGCCGUAUGAAGACGUGUUCGCCGUGUGGGAGGUGAUCUGGGCGGCCCGGCACAUCUCCUCGGAGCACUUCGUCCUGUUCAUCGCCCUGGCCCUGGUGGAGGCCUACCGUGAGAUCAUCCGUGACAACAACAUGGACUUCACCGACAUCAUCAAGUUCUUCAAUGAGCGAGCUGAGCGUCAUGAUGCCCAGGAGAUCCUGCAGAUCGCCCGGGACCUUGUCCACAAGGUGCAGAUGCUCAUAGAGAACAAGUGAGGACUGCCACCCGAGGCAGCAGCCAGCCAGAGCCUGGGCCCCAGGUGCCCCGGGCCCCGCAGGGAGAGGUGUGGGGCAGCACAGCAGAGACCGCCCUCUCAGCCAGUCCUGCCUGCCCAGCUGUGUUUCUAACAAAGUGCUUGUGAGCCUGGGAUCUGACUCCAGGCAGUUCUGGCUCUGCAGAGCAAGUCAGGGGCCAGGGAGGGAAGGGGCGGCCUCAGGGAGCAGCUGACUUGGGGAAUACCUACUCUGUUCCCUUCUCAAACACCUGGAAAUAGCCCCACUGCCACCAGCAGCCUCGGGCUGGACUGCUCCCACGUCUUCUCCUGGGUCAGCCUGGGGCCCUCCAGAGUGAUCAGGGCUGUAGUUGCCUGGGCCCCUCUGGUGAGGGUCAUGUGAAGCAAGGGGCCUCUGAUGUACUUCUUCUGAGAGUCCCUUUGCAGGCCUAGUGCGUGUGUGCACACCAACCCCAGCUGGGCAUGUUUCCUGGGCUGCCUUCUGGGCCCUCCCAUGAGACUGAGGGGCAGUCAGGAGCUGGGCCCUGGGUGGGAGCAGCCCACCUCAGUGGCACUACUGCUGUCUAUGGCCUCCUGAGGCGACCCCACACACUACUCCAGCCUGUACAGCAGGCCUGUGUGUAUCUGUACGAUCCCACUCUUGCCGCCUUGUCUUGCUUCACACGUUAGAUCCAUCCCAGAAAGCUGUGUGGGUGAUACUUUGCCAGCUGAAUGUGGUUGGAGCACUUCCUCUAGAGAGGAGUCCCAGGGCGAUUCUUUUGGGAUGUGAUCCUGUCACAGCCUCCUCUCAAAGGUGACCCCCAAACUUGGAGGCAGCCCAUUGUCCCAGGCACCUGCUGAGUCCCUGAGGUUGGAGGGAAGAGGUGCCUGGGUCCCCCUUGUUUGUUGCUGCUGAGAAGCAAGGCUAGCUCUGCCUUCCACAGGCUUCUCGGGAUGUUGAGAGGCAUAUGGACCCAGAGCCCCCCUUGGAAGAUUCUCACUCACUGGGGGGUAGGGGCAUGUCAUGCUGCUUGCUCUGUCAUCCCCUCCCCACCCCCAACACAUGCAGGCUAGCUAGGCCUUGCCCCAGGGCUGGGGCCUGCCCUUAGUCUGCCCCCAGACUAAGGUCUGGAGACUUCCUACACUUGAGAAACACAAAAAAGGGCCCAGAAGUCCUGCAUCUGGCUGGCACAGCCUCCCCCCACACCCCUGCCCUGGGCACUGCACGGCCUGUUUGGGGGCUAGCCCACCCCAUUGCCCACUUGUGUCCGUGAGUCCUUGGCCUCCCCCAAGCUCGGUGGCCAUUAUGUGCCUGCCUUAGUGACUCAGUGGUUUUGUGAGGAACAGAGUCUGUAUGUAUUUUGGCUCAAAAACUGCUCUUCAGUGUGACAAACCAAUAAACACAGCACUUGGCAAUG